GGUUCAAUGUGCGCGAGAGUCACCCGCCUUUAUCGGCUGUUUCGUAUCAGACGGAGUAAGAAGUGGACGUUUUUGAGAAAAACAUUCCGUUUUACCAAAUCAUGAGGAAUUUUUUGAUAUUAUGGUCCUUUGCUGUUAUUUUGUUGACACAACAAUGCAGCAGCCUCCCAGUGGAGGAGACCGUGGUGUCAGUAUACACCACGCACCCCACCACUUCGGGCACCAACGCCCCCCUGAAUGUGUACAACCAGAUCGCCAAUAACCUUGCUGAGAGGAUCACCUCGCCUAUAUACAAGUUCCUCGGCAUAAACAGCACGAAGCCAGAAACCACCACAAAAUCCUGGGGGAAGAUCGAACUGCAGGACGACCAGGACUUAACGAACAAACACGAAGUCAAGCCUCUUGACAACGACAUUUCAAAAGACCGAGACGUCGAAGAACUAUCACCAGAUAGUCUUAAUAAGAAAGCUGAUAAAAAACCAGAGAAAAUAACGCUAUAUUCAAGCUAUUUACCAGUUCUAGCUAAAGCCAGUCAGGCAUCUUAUAGUGAUCAGAUUGAAUCUAAGAAUGAUACCUGGAAUGAGUUAGAGGAUCCAUUUGACUGGGAUGAGCCGGAACCCAGUAAGCCUAAAGCAGGACCGUUGGUCUAUGUUCUAGAACUUUUUGGAAGCUUCUUCCAGUUAUUGUGGGGAGGUAUCAUGGCGCUGUUCAGACCGAAUUCAGGACCGAAAAAUGGAGGUUUAUAAUAGGUUUGAGACGUAAUGGUAUUUGCAAAUUAUGUAAAUGAAAUAGAGAAGCCUGUAAGAUUAUUAUUUUCAAUUAUUGGAUUAUCUAUAGCCCGUGCCAUAUUGACUGAUCUUUUGAUACAUAAAAAACCGUUGGGAUAUUAUCUGCACUUCCAGAAAUUUCGAAUUUAUUAAAAUCAGUUUAAGAUACUUACAGGCUUCCCGAUUUCUUAACACUCCAAAGAUUUCAUAGAGGUGGCCACUAUCAAAAAGAAAUUAGGAGAUGCUGGCUUUGAAAGCUAAAUGUAGGUAGGUAUCACAACAUGCUUAGUCAGGCAAAAGAAAUUGAGCGGAUGACACUAAACUGGUACUGGUACAGUCAACUUCAGGCCAGUGGUAACAGUUUUAUAGGAAAAUCGUACUUAUUACUAUUGAGUUAAGUUGCAUGACAGUUACCACUGAUGUGCAGACUACCGUGCUUAAAUGAAAGCUUAUAAUAAACGUCAGAAAUAAAGGGAAAUAGAGGAAAGAUUAUUUUGUAGAUUCGUGAAGAUGCAGUUUUGCAAGUAUAAUGGAAUUGAAGGUAAUUCAUGAAAUUUGGGUCAAUAAUUUUAUGACCUACAAUUAAUUGUCGAUGGUAUAUCUAUUCCAUGAAGUGAGGCUAAAUCUGUUUAGUUUAGUUAGGUUUAAUUUUCAACAAAAUCAAUAGAACGAACCAGAAGAGAUCGAAAUGGUUGAAUUAAAUAGGUAAUUAUUUUACAUCAAGUAUUAAACGGUGGACAGACGACCUUGUAAAGGUCGCCGGAAGACGCUGGAUAGGUCGCCUCCAAAAGGUAUCUGUGGAGAUCUAAGGGGGAGGCCUAUGUUCAGCAGUGGACGUCCUAUGGCUGAGAUGAUGAUGAUGAUGAUGAUGAUUAAAGUUUACAAAAAAACAUGAUAUUUGAGUUCAUGAUCAUAUACGAUAUUAUACUUUUCGGUAUUUUUUGCUAGCUGUUUUUUUACCGUUUCUAAUAUUGUAAUUAUAUAAUUUUAUGUACAUAUUUACUGUACAAAGUGGCGAAGUUUUUAACAUAUAUAUUUUAGAGAAUAAAAGUGAUAGAUAUUAUUUACAAUACAUGUAAAAAUUUAAGGUGCCAUGACGGAAGAUAGGGAGACAAAAUUUGACUUUCCACGAAUAGGUAUUAAAAAUA